AUGUCUAAGAGAAGAGCUUAUCCACAACCACAAUACGCUUCUCAACCAAGUUAUCCCAAUUAUGGAGGUGCUACGGCCCCUGUAACACCAGGUCAACCCAUGCAACCAAUUCAACCUAUGGGGCAACCAAUUCAACCUUUAAGUCCUGGUCAACCUGGUCAACCAAAUGGACAACCAACACAAUUUAAUCAACCUCCAACUGGUCAACCUAUAGGUCAACCUCCACAACCAAUGGAUCAAUUAAAUAAUCAAUUUCAAAACAUGAAUGUUAAUCAAUUUCAAUAUAAUCAACCAAAUCAAAAUCAACCACCUCAACCAACUUAUGGUAAUCCUGCAAGUCAAACAAGUUAUGGAGCUCCAGCUUAUAAUCAAGCAAAUUAUAAUCAAACUCCUUCAUUACCUUUGAAUCAAUUAUAUCCAACCGACUUAUUGAGAGAAUUACCUCCAUCAAUUAGUGAUUUACAAUUACCUCCACCACCAAUUAUUGUUCCUCCUGAAGUAUCGGUGAUUCCAAAUAGUACAACAUCUAAUGCCCCAUCAGAAUAUUUUAGAAGUACUUUAAAUGUUGUACCUACCAAUAAUUCCCUUUUAAAGAAAUCAAAAUUACCUUUAAGUUUAAUUGUUAGACCUUAUACUGCUUUACAUGAAAAUGAUGAAAACGUAGCUGUUUCUGUUGAUACUAUAAUUUCAAGAUGUAGACGUUGUAGAGCUUAUAUUAAUCCUUUCAUUACAUUAACUGAUCAAGGUAAAAGAUGGAGAUGUAAUUUAUGUAACUUAUUAAAUGAUAUCCCAAUGGCAUUUGAAUUUGAUCAAACUACUAAUGUUGCUAAAGAUAAAUUCCAAAGACCUGAAUUAAAUUAUGCUAUCACUGAAUUUGUCGCACCAAAAGAAUAUUUGGCCAGAGUUCCACCACCAAUCAUUUAUUGUUUCAUAAUUGAUGUUUCAGCUGAUGCUAUUGCAACUGGUUUAACCAGUACUGUUACAAGAACUAUUUUAGAAAGUUUAGAUAGAAUUCCAAAUAAUAAUAAUUUAGCUAAAGUUGCAUUCAUUGGGGUCGAUUCAAGUUUACAUUAUUUCAAAUUCAAAGAAUUAGUUAAAGAAGAUGAUGAAGCAAACAUUGAAAUGUUAAUUGUUUCAGAUAUUGAUGAACCUUUCUUACCAUCACCUGAUGGAUUAUUAGUCAAUUUAUAUGAAAAUAGAAAAUCCAUUGAAAAAUUAUUGAUUGAUUUCCCAUUAUAUUUUGAAAAUACUGCUAAUCAUUCAUUUGCUUUAGGGCCAGCGUUGAAAGCUGGUCAUAAAAUGAUCAGUUCAAUUGGUGGUAAAUUGAUCACUUUCGCAUCAAUUUUACCAAAUAUUGGUGAAGGUAAAUUAAUGGUUAGAGAUGAAGAAGGUAAUUCUGGUAAACCAAAAGAAAGUCAAGUAUUAUUAAAUGCUGCUGAUAAAUUUUAUAAAUCAUUCGCUGUUGAAUGUAAUUCCGGUCAAGUUACAGUAGAUUUAUUCUGUACAUCAUCAAAAUAUCAAGAUAUUGCAACUUUAUCCAAUUUACCUCGUUAUACUGCUGGUCAAACUCAUUUCUAUCCUGCUUGGUCUGCUUCAACCAGUGAAGAUGUUACUAAACUUUCAAAAGAAAUUAGUGAACAUAUUUCAAUGGAAAUUGCUUUAGAAGCUGUUUUAAGAGUUAGAGCUUCUUCUGGUGUAAGAGCUUCAGGAUUUUAUGGUAAUUUUUUCAAUAGAUCAAGUGAUUUAUGUUCAUUCCCUACAUAUCCUCGUGAUCAAAGUUAUUGUAUUGAAGUUUCAAUUGAAGAAACUAUUGCUAAACCAGUAGUUUAUUUCCAAGCUGCUGUUUUACAUUCAACAUCUUUUGGUGAAAGAAGAAUUAGAGUUAUGAAUUUAGCUUUACCAACAUCUUCUAAAUUAGAUGAUAUUUAUGCUUCAGCUGAUCAAUUAGCUAUAACUAAUUACUUAACUCAUAAAGCUAUUGAAAAAGGUCUUAAUUCUUCAUUACCUGAUGCUAGAGAAUUCUUGAUUAAAAACAUUAUUGAUUUAGUUAAUGUUUAUAAGAAAGAAUUAGUUGGUGGUAACAUUUCAGGUUCUUCUCCAUUACAAUUAUCAACUAACUUGAGAAUGUUACCAUUAUUAUUAUUCUCUUUAACUAAACAUGUUGGUUUAAGAGGUGAAAGAGUACCAGCUGAUCAUCGUGCUAUUGCAUUAAAUAACUUAACAACUUUACCAAUUCCUCAUUUAAUCAAAUACAUUUACCCAACAGUUUAUGCAUUACAUAAUAUGGCUGAUGGUUGUGGGUUACCUGAAGAAAUCGUCGAAGUUGAUGAUGAAGGUAAAGAAAGUACUGUAUUAAGUCCGGAAAUUUUAAUGCCUGAACCUGUCAAUAGUUCAAAAGCUUCUUUUGAUAGUUAUGGAUUAUAUCUAAUUGAUAAUUCCUCAGAAUUAUUCUUAUAUGUCAGUGGUGACGUAGUACCAGGUUUAGUUCAAGAUUUAUUUGGUACUGAAAACUUAUAUUCUAUACCAACAGGUAAAACUCAAUUACCGGAAUUUUCUUUUGAAGAAAGUGAAUUUAAUUAUAGAGUAAGACAAAUUAUUGGUAAAUUAAGAGAACAAAAGGAUCAAAUUACUUGGAAGAAUUUAUUCGUAGUCAUUGGUCCUUCAUCAAAUGAACCAAUUGAAAUUUCUUCUCAAAGAGAUUUAAUGGCUUUAAGAAUGUGGGCUUUCUCAUGUUUGGUUGAAGAUAAGACUGGUACUGAAAGUAGUUACAGAGAUUUCUUAACUACUUUGAAAUCCAGAGUAGCUCAGUGA